CAGAAGAAAAUUGAACUGCCUUAGCAUGCUUUCUAUUUAAAGACUCUGUCGAGUCAGGCAAUCGGCAACCAUUGGAAUGAAACGGACUUGGAGCCUCUGUCUGGAGGAUUAAGGGGCAUAACAUUACAAAUUCAUCAUUCAAACCGGUGACAAUGGAGGCUUGUUUACCUGAAGAUAUAAUUGAGCCCGAGAUUGCUUUCACAAUCGAUAAUGCGUCGAAUGAAGUAGGAGCUGUUGAAAAUGAAGAAGCGGAGGAGCUCGGCAACAGUUUGAAGGAUCUUGUCCAGGACCAAUCUAUCAAACCCAAGCUGCAGUGCCUCAUGUUGGACCCUACCUUCUCCAUGGUUACAGUCCAGAGUGAAGACAGUGGAAUAGUGUGGGAGACCUCCUCAAGCAGGUGUUCCACCCCGUGGGCUUCAGAAGCUAGCAGUACCUCCGAUGUGUUCAGUUUGGAAGGUUCUCCUGCGGGAUACACACCAGGAAAGGUUGUGUUCAUCAUGGAUCAAGAUAAAAUAAUUAGAAGGAGAAAAAGAUCAAGCCUAGGAAGCAGGAUGAGUGAAACCAAUGGGAAAACCAGGGAUAACUCCAAACAGUUUCCCAGGAAACCUACAGCCACUGUUCCCAUCAUGGAAGUAAGUCUGCAAAAAGCAGGUACAAACGAACUGUUGCCACAUGCUCCUGUAACAUCUAGACCAGCAAAUAAUGGAAACCCUCACCCAAGUCCUUUGAAACGUACACAAAUACACCCUGAGGAGCUCUCACCUGUAUCGGCUAGAUCAGGGGGGCAAGGAAAUCCACUCCACAGACAGUCUGAAACACUUACUGAUGAGCCUCUACCACACGCCCCUGUGACAUCAAGACCAAUAAGCCAAGGUAACCCACAUCAAAACUCCCUGAGAGAAACAGAUGUUGUUGCAGAGGAACCUGUACAGCAUACUCCUGUGUCAAGCAAAGGGAACCCCCAACCCAGAAGUUUAAGAGAAAGAGAGGAGAUACUCCCACACAUGCCAGUGACGGCUAAGCCAGGGUUGAAAGACAACCCCCAUCCAAAUCCUUUGGGAGCAGACAACGAUGAACCAUCGGCGCACACAGCAGUGUCGGCUAAGCCAGUGGUCAAAGGGAAUCCUCAUCCACAUCCUUUUCAGGAAAAAGAAACAGAAACACAGGAGCUGUUGCCUCAUGGUCCUGUAGCUGCUAAGCCAGUUGAAAAAGUAAACCCUCCUAAAAGAGAAAAACCUUGUGGAAUGGUACAAGGAACAUUACUGAAAUGUGACGCUCCUCCACCAGAACACAAAAUUCCAACGUUUUCCCUCCAAAAAGAUCCUGUAAAAGAAAAACUGGAAUCCAAAGAAGACCAAACCAGAGUUGCAGAUAUAAACCCCACGUUGCCCUUGAGGUCCUCGGUGUCAGAUAAUCCGAAACCAGACAGUGCCUUGUCAAACCCUGUCCCUGUGACAAGCUCUGCAGCUGAUCCCACUGAGCCAUCUCAGCAGAAUCCAUGUUUCUUACCAAACAUGAGCCAGAAUCCAGUGGUAACAGAGUCUAUACCAUUACUUCAGUCUACUGGUACCGCUUUCAUGGGAGCAGAGUAUUCCUUCCCUAAUCCAGGCAAAAAUACACUUCCUAAUUUUAUUGCAGCUACCUCUUCACAAGAACCAGAGACAGACAAGCAGACCGCAGAACACAAAGCAGAGCCUGAUAGUCAGAAAGAAGUCUUUAACAUUGUCUCUGAAGGCUAUGAAAUACUGAACAUUAUUGCUCCUCCGGAAAUGUUGUCUGUCGAUGAAAUGGAAUGCAGUCACAUGCAGGAUAACUUGGCUUACUUGGAAGAUAAUCCACUGAUUAAACCAAAAGUUUUACAAGAGGCAGUAGAGGCUGAUGAAAUACGAGUCAUUGAAGAAGAGAUGGAAACAGAGAGCAGUGACAUAUCUGAAGAAAAGAGUGAAAAAAAAAGAGAACUAAAAGACACAAUCAUUUCAGAACAAAAAGAAACCGACAAUGUAGAACAAAUGGGGACUCAACAUUUUGAACAGAAUAUCACUACUUCUACUGAAUUAACACAGCCUUCAGUGCUUGCUCCACUUUCGAUCAAUGGAAAUAACGACGUCGAUUAUUUUGAAAAAUUCACUUUAAUGGAUGAGCAAGUCCCUGGAGAAAAGCCUAUGGUAGAAAAAACAGAAAAAGAGGAUACCCUUGUGAAUGAAGAUGAAGAAAACAUGGAGGAAAAGUCUAAAAGUGUUUCAUUUUCUGAAGACUGUGAUGUAUUUGUCUUUGUAGAUGACAUUGAAAUUGCAGGAGAGCAUUUGGAUGAAGUAUUUUAUGGUACAGAACAAACUGAAGUGGAGGCCUGUACCUCAACCAAGCAUUACAUAGAAGAUGAAACACAUGACAGAAAAGAUGGACAUCUCAAAGAAAGUGGUGCCAGUUUAUUUAGCCAUGAAGAGGAAACCCUUACAAAAUGUUACUAUCCUGUAACCACCAAAAUCAUUGAUCUGUCUCUUCUGGAAGAACCACCAGCAAUGGCAUUUCUCUAUACAGAUCUGUAUGAUCAGGCAACUGGAAGGAAAGAGAAAGACGACGAACCUUCGGAUGAAGAGAGUCUUAAUUCUGACGCAUCUUUCCCUAGCAGGCUAUCUGACUCUGAUGAUAACACGGGCAUAUAUUUUGAAAAAUAUAAUUUGAAAGACGAUGUUCCCUUACUCGAAGGGGAACCUACACCUCAAGAGGAGAAAAAAAACCCACAAAGUAUAUGGUAUCAAAAUACUUUUGAGCUCACUGGUAGUUUCACGCAAAAAGAGGAAGCAGACAUCAAUAGUGAAGAAGCAAGCCCUGAAGCAUGUAGCAAUAUCUCUGAUUUGUCUCCUUAUGAGGAAGCAAAACAGCUUAUUGAUGUUUAUGAGGAGUCUGAUGAUUUAGUCUUCGAAGCUGUGGUUAGUAAAGAUGACACAAUCUCAGCAGGAGAAGUUGAAACACUAGAUGAGAAGAAUCUUGAGGUGGCUGAAGAAGAACCCCAAACUCAACAAAGUGUAAAAGAAAAGCCAGCAGAAAAGGAAAAGGAAGGAAGCGUGGUUGUUACUCGGGAUACUCUUAGCAGUCCUGAAUCUGGCAAACGUCCAUUUGAAGUGCUGUCUGGAGCGGCCUUGAAUGUUCCUGUAGAGGUUCUCAAGCUGGACCAAAGUGAAGUGGAAGCUCCUUCUGAACCGAAUAAAGCAUUAGCAGGUGAAAUGGAAGCACAGGAUUUAGAAAUUGAAGACGAACCUCUAAUAAAAUAUGAGGUCUCAGCUGACUCUGCAGAAGACAUUUAUACUGCUGUCCCAGAAUUAAAACCUGAAGAAGAAAUAUCAGUUUCUGAGCCAAUUCAUUUGGAGGAAGCAAAUAAAAGUGAGCCAUACACUGCAGAAACAACCUCUGAAACAGUUCACUUAUCGGUUCAGGACACGCAAGACAAAGCAGUCAAAAUUCCCAAAGAUGAACCACAGCUAAUCAAAACAGAACAACUAGAAGCAGAAGCUUCCUUGAUUGAAGAUGACCGUCAGAAAAAGGAAGGUGCAGUAGAUCCUGUGGUAGUCAUAACUGAACAGAAGAUUAGUGUGGAACACAGAGACACUUGCAACGUGGAUGAAACUGCAGAUAAAACCCAUGAUACAGAUGUGGAAAAGCCUGAAGAAUUGCAGAACCCGCAGGAAUGGCAUAGUGCAGAUUUAUCUACAGCAGGAUCAGAUAUUGUGGUAAAAAGUAAAGAGCAGGAGUUAAGAAGUUCAGAAGAAACCCAGACCAAUGUGAUCCAAGAAACAGUGGAAGAAACAGUACUAGACAAGCAGGAUGACCAACACCCUUCUGUGGAGCACAUUGCUGAACCAGAUGUUGAGCAACAUGAUCCAGAAUCGUAUGAGGAGGGUUUGCAUCUCGGUUUGGAAAAUGUACCAUCACAGUCAGAAGUGUGCUUCGAGCAGUGCAUUGAGCGUGACGAGGAAACCGCAGAGGACUUAGAUUAUGAAAUGGUCACUCAACAAGACAUACAAGAUGAUUACACAACAUCCGAGAUGGAGCUGCUUGGGGAGAGAGAAUAUAUUAUUGAGGGCACCGAGGAGCAUCAUGAGAAUGAAUUUGACUUAGUUGAUGAUGUAGCUGAAGAUGUAUCUGCUGAAGAAGUGAUUGGGGCAGACUUUGAGAUAAUCGAGGCCUUGGGUGGAACUUCUAUCAUCCCAGAUGCUGAGUUGGCUCUGAAGGAACCAAAAAAGCCUCUGUUAGACACAUUCUGUCUGGUCUGCAAAUGUCCAAUUUCAGCUAUAGAUAAGCUCUUUGGAGAGCACCAGGACCAUGAUGUGUCAACGUUGGAUAAAGCGGUUGUGGCUACAAAGAAUAAACUAAUUGAGUACAUAUCGGAAUUGCAAGGAAGAGCUGAAAAGAUUGAGGAUCUGGUGGCAGAGUUGGAACUGGCUUUUAAUACAGUGGAGGAGAACUGCAGCAGGACAGAGCAGCUGCUGGACGAUCAGAACGAGGAGAUGGUGAAGACGGUGGUGGAACAGUACAGCCAGAUGUCUCAGAACUUGGAAGAGGAGAAGAAGAACAAACUGGAGCAACUGUAUGACCAGCUUGUCACCUUCCAGGAGAGCACAGAGUCUGCCAAGGAGAUCCUGGAGAAGAGUGUGAAAGAGGUGGAGGAACCCGACGAUCUGAUCUUCAUAUCUUCCUCCAACGACAUUAGCAAGAGACUCAACAAUGCCCUAGAGACAACUGUGGCUCUAGAACUGGCCCCCAGUGCUUUCCCUGUGUUUGAAGAUUAUGCCAAAAGCACAUCGGGAAAUGGACAGAAGCUACUGAAAAGCAUUGCUGUUCCUCAGACCCCAAAGCUACAGCCGCAGGAAGCAAGCUCUGCCACCAGCUCUUCUGUGAUGGUCUACUGGAAGGUGAAUGAGGGUGAUGUUAUUGACUGCUUCCAGGUCUACUGUAUGGAGGAACCACAGGGAGCCAUGUCUGAAGAAUACAGAGUGACAGUGAAGGAGAGCUAUUGCACACUGGAGGACUUGGAGCCUGAUAAGUGCUAUUUGGUGUGGGUCAUGUCUGUGAACUACACAGGCUGCAGUUUACCCAGUGAGAAGACCUCUUUUAGAACAGCUCCCUCGGGCCCUGUAAUCAAGCCGGAGGAAUGCACCGUGUGCUGGGACACAGCCACCAUCCGAUGGAGCUCAGCAAACCUGGAUGCCGUGGAGUGCUUCACUCUGGAGUACUGCAAGCAGUACGCUUGUGAGGGAGAAGGGCUCAGGUCUAUAUCUGGAAUAAGAAACUGCGAACAGAAGGUGCUUUUACAGCCAAGCGAGAAUUACCUUUUCUAUAUCAAGGCUGUGAACUUUGCCGGAGCAAGUGAACAAAGCGAGGCUGCGCUCAUCUCUACGAAAGGUACCAGGUUUCACCUGUUAAAAGAAACCGCCAACUCGGCCCUUGUGCUCUCUGAGGACGGCACUGCCAUUCACUAUGAGGAGCAGACCUUCAAACACAGAGCCAAACUCAAUGACUCUCUGGGGGUCCUGGGGGAGCUGCUGCCCCCUCGUGGAUAUCACUAUUGGGAAACUGCAGUGGGCGGCAGUGAGGCCUACAGGAUCGGAGUGGUGUAUCCUUCCACACCGAGAGACAGCCCCCUGGGGCAGAACGGCACCUCCUGGUGCAUUCGCUGCCACUCCUCACCAACAAGGUUCGAGUUCCUCCACAGCAGUGCCCAGGCUGACAUCCAGGUGGCAGAGCUGCCGCAGCGGAUCGGGACUCUGCUGGAUUACCUGCACGGGCGGCUGCUGUUUUUCAACGCACAGAGUGGGCAGCUGCUGUUCUCCUACCGGCACACAUUCACAGAGGCUUGCCACCCUGCCCUGGCAGUGGAUAGACCCGGGUCCCUGACUCUGCACACAGGGAUCCAAACACCAGACUUUGUGAAGCACAGCUAACCACAUCACCCCGGGGGGUGGCCAUUGGCUCAGUUGUUGUGUGGUUUGUAACACCUCUUGCUUUCUGCAUUCAAGAAAGAGAUGAAAAAUAGAGCUGAGUGAUGGACUGAGCGUGAAUUGCAUUUUUUUUUUGGUAAGGUUGCAGUUUUUUUCAUGGUUAAUUGCAGCAAAUAGUAUUUUCUCUGCAUUAAGUGUUUCUGAUAUUUAAACUUGAUAUUUUGUGCUGAAUUAAACAAAGGUUUACAAGUAAAUCUAGUUAGACAGAUGCUUAACAGUGUUAUCCAUAAAUCUAAGAUCUGCAGCUUCUGAUGUGUCAUAGAUGCAUUUCUUCUGAGAUUAUUGAUAAUGCCAAUCAAUAACAGAUCAGGAGCAUAUCCAGAAGACCUACAACGAGCUGCACAUAUUGAUCGAGAUUUGAACAUAUAUCUAGAGUGGAGGCUUACCUACAGAGGUUUGUACACGGGUACGUCACACUUACAUUUGUAGUUUUAUCUUUAGAGAGUGCUAUUUUUAUUUUUUGAAUUAGGCAGCACGACGGAUUACCAGUUGAUGUCUAUCUAAGGCAGGCCAUAGAGUGUCAAUCAGGAAGUUUUUAUCAAGCCAUCCUCGUCCUGGAUUUAAACAAGGGUCCUGUUUUAAGUGUUCUAGUAACCAAUGUUGUCUGUCAGUUUUUGCUUAUUUAAUUUAUUUCAUAAAAAAAAUAGCACACACGAAGUUAUGAUGGCAUAAAAUUGAAUUGGACUUUUGCAUUUUGUGGUCUUAAAAAAUGUGUGUAUAUAUAUAUAUAUAUAUAUAUAUAUAUAUAUAUAUAUAUAUAUAUAUAUAUAUAUAUAUAUAUAAAAAUCAUCCAUGCAGAUUUCUAUCUUUACAACGAGAGCGUCCUAUAAAUCAGAUUUUGUGAAAUAACUGACGUUUCAAUGUACAUGCAUCAUCCUUUGUAGGUCGUGACCCCUCUUUUGAAAUAAUUACUUGCUGAAAUACCCGAUUUCCCCAAUUUAGUUUUACAUGUAGGAUUAAUUUAAAAAUAGACAGCGGUUUCACAAACUCUAUAGUGUAUGAGUGUGUGUGUAUAUGUAUCUGAUUGGAUGUGUGCGGUGUCAAUCAGUGGAGUGACUCAAAACCACUUCUAAGGCAAAGUCAGAUGAUACACAGCGGCAGCCAAAACCAGCUGUACAAAUGCAGAAGAAUUGUGAAUAAAACUGAAGUGAAUGUGAUGUAAAGUUUUGUUAACCUGUCCUGCAUCUCCUGCACACUAGAGGGCGUUCUCUGUAUAGAAACUGGUUUGUCACAGAUUACGGUUGAAAUAGUGUUUCACCAGCAGGUGUAAAUAAGGGUAGGGGUGUCACCAAAUAAUCAUUCUGUAUCUGUAUGGGUGAGAAGUUGUUUUAUAUUUGUUGCUUGAAGAUUUAAUUUUUUUUUAUUGUUAGUCAUAGAUCAACAAUUAUCAGUUUGGGGUUGUUUUGCAGCCAGUUGUGAUUGAUGUUGGUACAGUAUUAGCUGUAUAGUAGAUGAAAUGUACUAAUAUAUUCUGUAUAGUAAACCGCCAAUAACUGUGUCAAGGCCUGAGUGCUAUCAUCUUUCAGCUUGAGGGCGCAGCAGAGCAAGUUGUUUUUAAAUAACACGAUAGGGGGGACUUGGUGGUGAAAUCACAGAAGUCCAAUUAUCCAAUUGCUAAUGCAGAAACCCAACAAUCAAACACUGACAGAGACAGUGGGGCAAAUCAGAUAGGAUGAGCUGUUUAUAACUAGCUUCAUGUCACCCAAAGAGAACACUGGCUUUGUACAGUGCGAAUUACUAUGAUAAUAUACCAGUUCAUUUACCCUCCGACCCACACGGUGCUUGAUUAGAAAGCCUGUCACCAUGGCUCUCACAUGGUGUUUGAUUAGAAAGCCUGUCACCAUGGCUCUCACACGGUGUUUGAUUAGAAAGCCUGUCACCAUGGCUCUCACACGGUGUUUGAUUAGAAAGCCUGUCACUGACUCUCACACGGUGUUUGAUUAUAAAGUCUGUCACCAUGGCUGUGGGAAGGGCAGAAUAUAUCUAUUUGUAUAUGAAGCAGCUCUUGAUAUACAUUUUGGAUUUUCACAUCCAAAAGCAGCUUGUGAUGUAGUGUUAAUGUCCAACAAGAGCGCAUUCUAAAACAAAAUUUAAAAAGGCAUGGAAAAUAGAAGGGUGCAUGUAGACUAUUAGUAUCCUAUCAGCUACCAAGUAACUACCUUGUACUGUAUCUGUUCAGUACAAUAUGGAUUUCUUGCAUGGGUGUACAUGUGCAAUACUAUCAAUCAGCAGUGUUUGCAUUUAUUAGGACUGUUAAGAACUUACCAUCAGAUAUGGUCAUUGCUUUGUUUUCAUUGUCCUUCACACCUGUGUGGGGUCAGCAUUGUGCAACAACAGCAAUGCAUUACUGUAUAACUUGAUAGCAGCACUUGUCAGUGCUUUAUACUGAGUGAUCAGUCAGUCACCAUAGAAAAUCCACACUAGGGUGGGAUGGGUUUCUUUGUAAACUGUAACCAUAUAAAAUGUUUAAAUUGAGCUCCUUGUCACUGUUGUCACACAUCAGUCUGCUUACAACCAGUCUGCUUAUAUUUUCAUAGACAGCUUUGUUGUGGCCUAUUGUUAAUCGCACAAUGGACUGGGCUAAUUCCUUGUUUAAAGAAUGACUAAUCUAUAAAUAAUAGCUGCUUAUUUUUAUGCUGUUUUUAAAAUGUAUAAUAAAUUGGUAUCUUGGAA